CUUCUUGUUUGAAGAACAUACUUGAAAUCAGCAAUCCUUUUGGAAUGAUCCCAUCUCAUUAUAUAAAUAAAACUAAGCUUAUUAUGUCUCCUUUAAAAAAAAAAAAGAAAAAUCUGAUAUGGCAGAAUGAAAGCCACAGCCCCUCCCCUCCGGGCCUGGCUCCAUUCUGUCUCAUAUUUUAUAUAAAGCAGUCAUCCUCCGAGCCCCAGGUUAUCUCAGAGAAAUCUCUUCAAGGGAGUGUGUGAGAGCAAAAGAGGGCACAUUGUCCAUAGGGUGAUGCACCACCAACUACUGAAUAUGCCGCUGUUCCUCCUAUCUGUCUUGUGCCUUUACUCCAGCCAUGCCUCUGUGCCUCCAUUGCGUUUCUCUGCUUUCCUGGACCCCACCCACCAGAUCUACUUGCGAUGGGACCACAAUGCCGAAGAAGCCAUCAUGACAUUUGAGCUUCAAGCCCACUCAACAGGAUGGGUUUCCUUUGGCUUCACCAAUAAUAAAGAGAUAACAGGAGCAGACUUUGUGAUUGGUGGCAUCCUUCCUGAUGGCAAUGUCUAUUUCUCGGACUGGCAUGGUGUGAGUGAGGAUACAGUCUUGGAAGAUGAAAACCAAGACUAUGAGUUGUUGUCAUUGACACAGGAUGCGACUUCUACUACCAUGGCCUUCCGGCGAUAUUUCCGAACGUGUGAUGAAGAUGACCUGGACAUCACGGGGGAUACGUUAAGACUGAUGGCUGGCUAUGGCACAGAUGACACCAUCAAUUUCUUCGAAGGGCGAAUAGUCCACAAAUCUCUCUACAUGAUGCUGUUGUCAACUGAAGACGAAUUGCACUCACCCAGUAUCUACCAUGUAUAUGAUCUGAAGGUAGAUGAUUUCCCUGUCCCUGAGGAAGACACCACUUACGCCUGCACUUUUCUUCCACUGCCCAUAGUCAAGACAAAACAUCACAUCUAUAAGUUUGAGCCUAGGAUCACACCUCGAAAUGAAACCCUGGUACACCAUAUCCUGGUCUAUGCUUGUGGGAAUGCAAGUGUGUUGCCCACUGGCGUCAGUGACUGCUAUGGAGCUGAUCCCGAUUUUGCCCUGUGCUCCCAAGUAGUUGUGGGCUGGGCUGUAGGAGGAGGGUCCUACAUGUUCCCAGAUGAAACAGGAAUUUCCAUAGGCACACCAUUGGAUGCCCAGUGGGUCCGCUUAGAAAUCCACUACAGCAAUUUUAAUUUAAUUCCUGAUUUAAUUGACAACUCAGGGAUAAGGAUAUACUAUACCCCAGAACUGCGUCCAUAUGACAUGGGAGUACUACAUACAGGAUUAUUCACCUUUCCUAUCCAUUUUAUCCCUCCUGGAGUGGACUCUUAUAUGUCAUAUGGCAUCUGCAAUACCAGUCAGUUUGAGGAGAUGAAUGGGGCCCCAGUGCCUGAUAUGCACAUGUUUGGCUACCUGCUGCACACCCACCUAGCUGGAAAGGGAGUGAGAGGGGUCCUUUACCGGAAUGGGGAGCAGGUGACAGUCCUCUGUGAAGACAACAAGUAUGAUUUCAAUCUCCAGGAGACAAGAAACCUGAAGGAGACUGUUAUUUUCAAGCCGGGAGAUGAGUUCCUGGUGGAAUGUCAAUAUCAGACUCUUGAUCGAACAGAUGUCAUCUUUGGAGGACCAAGUACCCUGAAUGAAAUGUGCCUGAUAUUCCUUUUCUACUAUCCUCGCAACAACAUCUCCAGCUGCCUAGGAUACCCAGACAUUCAAUAUGUUGCCAAUGAACUUGGGCAAGAGGCCUCUGAUGAAAUGGAAGGAAUGAUGGCCAUUAACUUGGUGGACUGGGACAAUGAGACCAUCAAGAAGGCAGAGAAAGCAUGCAAGGAGGCGGAACAAACUGUUAUAAUUAAAACAAUCGAUGAGCUGGUGAGAAAUGAAACAAGUUUCAUUCGAGAGAUUACUGAUACUAUACCUGCACCCUGUAAGGAUAUUUCCAAAGCCAUCCCUGCACCUCGGUUGAAAAGACAAACUGUGUACAAGGCAAUUCCACCAACGACUGCCAAAGCUCUUGGGGCAAAGAGCAUUUUUCCACUUCCUCCCCUGCUCUUCUUGUCUUGGUGUUUUACAUGGCUACUUACUUCCUCAGUAUAGACUCUGAGCAUCAUAUAUCAAGUUUUAGUUGCAGAAUAUUAUUAACAUGCUAAAGCUCUUGUGAUUUGACUUUCUCUGUGGUCUGAUGGGUGCGAAUUUAUUUGAAAUCACACUUUCCCAAAUAUGUGAAUGAAGUACAAAAGUGAAGCAAGCAAACCAUCUUUGGAAGGAAGUUUGGAUAGAUCCCUUUGCAUUUAAAAACCAUAUAUUGUGUUUGUGUACAUUUAAGUCAUUUCUGACCUAUGACCACCCUAAGGCGUCCCUAUCUCAGGGUGAUCUUUGUUCAGAAAAACUUUGCCUUUCUCUGAAAUUGAGAGAGUGUAACUUCUCCAAUGAUUUUUUUUUCAUGUCAGGAGCAACUUGAGAAACUGCAUUUUAAAGAUGCCUGUGCUAACUCAU